ACAGUAGAAUAAAAAAAACAAAAAAAAAUCAAUGGAGGGCCCUUUGCUGACCAAGGAUGAGCGCAACGUCGACGUUACGAGAAACGGCGAUUCUUCAUCAGAUGAUGAGCACAAUGUCAACAUUACAAUCAAUGACGAUUUUUCAUCAACUGUUGCGCAAAUACCAUAUGUAUUUGCAUUUAUUUUGAAUUCGUGCGAGCUUGUUGUGACUUUGGUCCAGAUUGUUGCAGCCAUAGUAGUUGUGACAGGAACAAAAGGUGACCAUACAGAAGCAACAUGGAUCAACGUUUAUACUUGUGGCUGUAUAGCCAAUGUCCUUAUUCUAUGUUGGCGUUUCUGCAAUUACCAAAAUGCAACCUCAGAGACUGGAAUCAACUCGGUGAUGAUCAUUUUGAAGAUGAUUCUUGAAUAUUUCUUCGUUGGGUGGUCUGUGGUGUUCUUAUGGGUUUUUGUUGGCAACUCAUCUCUAGAUCAUACCAUUCCACUCUCCGGGCUAUGUGUGACUUUCCUUGUCUUCAGCUUCCUUCGAUAUGUGCUUCCUAACCUAAUAUGUGCAGCGAUGUGUUGCUGUAUGUCUGUGACGUUAGGUAUUAGGUCCAUUAGUUAA